AUGGGUAGCGAGAAGGCAGGGUCAGGACACAGACUUUACGUCAAAGGGCGACACCUCUGCCACCAGCGGGGUAAGCGGACAUCGAACCCCAACACCUCCCUCAUCAAGAUCGAAGGCGUGGACGACCCGACAGCCGCAUCGUUCUACUUCGGCAAGAAGGUCGCGUUUGUGUACCGGGGCAAGAAGGAGAUUCGGGGGACGAAGAUCAGAGUCAUUUGGGGCAAGGUGACGAGAUCACAUGGCAACUCGGGCGUCGUAAGGGCACAGUUUAGGCACAACCUACCUGCGAAGUCUUUCGGCGCUAUGGUGCGGAUAAUGCUCUACCCAAGCUCGAUAUGA